CGCUAGCACGCCAAAUGCAAAGUAAAAUAAUAGCUCGCACGAUACCGGUGCAACCAAAACAGUCCGUCUUUCGAGCCACGUUCACGCAUGGGGCCCCAUCUUCCGACACACGGCGGCUUCCCCCGCCCUUCUCUCCUCGGCCUUCGCCUACCCAGCAUGCGCUUCCUCGCCAGCCUAUUUCUCCACUUUCCUCCUUCAAAACCUGUCCUAAGUUCCAUUCAAGUUGACUAGAAGCUCCACUUAAAACUGCCCGUUUGCAGGGCCGGAUUGGGGGGAAGUGUGGAGCAUCGUGGCACAUACUCCUAAAGGCCCACCUCCAUACAACCAUCUUUAUACUUUGCUGUCAUGCCGCUCAGGUGAUUGUAGCCUACUGCACAGCUGUAAGCAUCUCUUCCGCAGACAAUCUGUGUUGCAUGUUGCCGAAAUGCCACCAAGACAGAGUCGAGUCCCUGCGGCUAGGGCAGCAAAUGCUAGCCAGAGCCCCUCGCUGCUGCCUUUUGCGUCGCUGCUCGCCUCUGCAGACAAUGGACCGAACUUUACGAGCAGUCAGCUCGAGGACACGCUAGCCUUGCUGACGGAGCACGUGGAUGCAGCAAAACUAAGUAGCAUUGACCAGGAGCCGCUGGUUGUGGAUCUGGUGGCACUGUUCGGUCUGGCGCUGCGGAGCUCGGUGCCGGCCCCCGCCCCCCCACCUCGAAGCGGCCCCGGCCCAUCCACCUGCUCUGGGUCCUCCUCCGCGGGCGCCAGUGGCAGCAGCACCUCCAUGCCUUAUGUCACCGACGAGGCACGGCAGCUGUACAGGCGCAUUCGCGUCAGGCUCAGCGAACUGCUUGUCCAGGACAUCCUCAUCAUCGGCGACCGAAACAGCCGCCUCCGCACGCUACUGCUCGACCUGCUGCUGCGGACGCACAUGCUGCGCUGCUACAGCUCUCUACUGAGCACAUACGCGCAGCUGCUGCGCUCUCGGCCGUCGCGGCGCAACCUGGAGGGAGCGCAGGAGGUUGUGCAAGAGGUGCAACUCCUGCUGGGGGCUUUUAAGUUGAUCGACUUGGGCUUAUGGGAGCCGGAGGGCACGGAUGCGCAGCGCAGCGUGGCCCCGACAGACAAGCCGCAUCCCAACAUACCGCAUCAAAUGAAGCACAACUUCGGCCGCCACCUCGAUCAGCAGCUGGCGGAAAGCCAGCUGGCGGAGGCGUGGGCCGUGUGCUUCCUGCAGCAGGCGGCCUGCCAGAAGGUCAGCCUCGCCCAUGAGCGGACCAUGGAAUCAUUUCUUGGAUCACUAGAAAAGGUUCGGUGGACAGGCGUUACCCGUGGCGUAAUAGAUGAGGCACCGGCGCUACAGGCGCUGUUGUCGCUUGCGACUGUACGUAACCUGGCCUCCCUCGACCGCGGCAGCAGCUACGGCCAGGCGGCGGCGGCGGCAGCAGCAGCUGGGUCGGAGGACGGCGAAUGCGGGCCGCCCUGGACGCUGAUUGACCCAGCUGCAAGGCAGACGGCCAAUGUUUCUGCGCUGCUUGAGGGCGGCGGGGAUGUCGCGCUCAAAGCCUGGCAACGCAUCUUGGACCGGCGCCUAGCGGCAGAUGCAGCCGCACCGGCCAGCAGCAGCGUGAUAGGCCCGGCUGUCGCUGCUGACGUCGCAGAGGACUGGGCGCGUGGCGCGGGCAGCCUGCCGCGGCCGGGGCUUGAGCAGCUGCAGGCUCAGGAGGCGGAGGUGAAGCGUCUGCAGGCGGCGCGGCGGGAAGUGUACCGGUCCUUGCAGGCGGCAGAUGAAGCCCAGCAGCAACAAAAGCAGCAACAAAAGCAGGUUGGAGGACUAGGAGCAGGGAUGAGCGGGCAGCGACAGCAGCAGGGCGCGGGGGCGCGGCCGGCCCAAGGCCAGGCGAAGGGCCGCGGCGGCGCAGCGGGCAAGUCACGGCAUGGGCAGGCUCAAGGGCAGGAGCAGGGUCAGCCUAGGGGCGGUGCAGGCGCUAGCAGCAGCAGCCAAGCCCCGGCCCUGACUCCUGAGCGCAGGGCGGAGCUGGAGGUACAAGCCGCGGCCCUGACAGCGCAGCUGCGGCAGGCCCGCCACCUGCCGGCGGUGGUGCCCUUGUCGGAACGUGACACGUUCAAGCCGAUUCAGAAGGGCUACAUAUCUGUACAACUCGAGAGCGCGCAGCACGCGCUUCAUACCGGCGACCCAGCUCUCCAGCACGGCCCGCCGGGCUAUCGCAUUCGGUUCACGACCAAUUAUAUGGUGAUGGAGGCUUUCGUCGAGGAGUCACCGGGCGUGGGCUCUUAUUGCUUUAUGCGCCCUUACGUGGCCGCGCGUGCUGUGGCGGCAGAGCUGCGCUCGCGCGGAGUCGUGCUGCCGGCGGGCCUGGAGGAACUGCUGGAGGAGGCGCCCGAGGCAAUCAAUGACGAUGACGUCAGCUGGAUGAACAAGAUCCUGCGGCGGGCUGGCAAGGAGUCGAUGCUGCCGCAGCCGCUGCCAGCUCAGCUGGCGCUGCCGCCAUGGAACGACGCGGCGACGUUCGAUGUCUGCAUUCGCCUGGCGAACGCGGCUCGGACGGAGUGGGUGAAGUGGGCUGCUCAGCAGUCACCUUCCCUGAUGACAAGGGACAAGUACCCGUAUGACGCGGCCAGAAAAGCCAUGGCAGCCUGCAAAGCCGUUGACUGUGCACUGACAGCAGCGCGGCUGCUGGCUCGGUCAGGGCCGCCCUCGGCACAGGCCCGCCGCGCGGUCAUCCGCCGGCUGCGGCAGCUGUGGCAGUGCUACUGUGCGGCUCUGGAGGCGGCUCUGGGGCUGGUGCAGCGCGGGCGCGGUGCGGAGGGGGCGACGGCAGCGGCGCAGGGAGAGCGUCUGUUGCCCGAAGGACUCUUCGGCACUGUGUGGGGCUGGCAGCAAGCUCUUAGCCACAGCCCUGACGUCUUCAGGCUGCUACCGGAGGAGGGCAGGGGGCUGGCAGGACAAGUGGCGUCGGGAGCAGGCGGAGCUGACACCAAGAGUGGCGCAGGCGGUGCCGUCGACAGGCCGGGUCCGGAGGCAGCAGCGCUGCUGAGUGCUGGGUACCUGCGGCUGUGGACGCUGUGCGAGUACGCAUCACUUUUGACAAAGGGCAAGCCGGCGACACGAUACGUGGGGCGUGUCCAGUGCUGGGCAGAGGUGCUUGCGUUCGGCCCACCGGGAGACCUGCUAGACUUGCUGGCGGUGGCGGCGCUGCGGGCGCGGGAGGCUCCAGCGGCUGGCCGGAGGUAUCUCAGCAAGCUGCGGGGAGCUGCUGCUGCUUCUGAGCUUCCAAAUUACAACCAAGAAAUCACGGCAGUAACGCUGCCAACAGAUCACGAGCGGGCGCUGUUCUGCACACACGCGGCCGCGCGGCUGCUGUGGACGCUGCACGCCGCCGCGCCGCUCUUCGCUGCUGGCUGCAGCGCCGGCGGUGCGGGUGGCGAGGGCAGCCGUGGCCGGGACCACCAAGCAGCGCAGGCCGGUGUGGCACAGCAGCCGCUGCGGCCGCACCUGGAGCAGCUGGGGCUGAUGUGGUCGGUGGUCGCGGAGCAAAUGCUGCCCGGCGUGGCCGAGGGCCUCAUCUGCACGUCCACGUACCAUGAUGGAGGUUCCUGGUGCAGGCGGCGCGGCAGAGCUCACCACACCGCUGCCACGGCGCUGCUGUGCUGCCGCCUGCUGCUGAACGCCCUGCACCUGUCGGGGAAGGCGGGCGCAGCGGCAGCGGAUGCCGAGGGCGAAGGUGGCAGCAGCAAGGGCAACGGGGCCGGCGGCAGCGGCAGCGAUGAUGGGGCGUUGUGGCGCCGCCUGCUGCUGUGCGAUGUGGACGUGUUCUCGCUGCUUGCGGCGACAGCGGCCAUCAUCCGGCACGACCUCCAGCCAGUCGAGGACGAGGAGGAAGAGCCAGGUCCUACAUACGGCGGCGGAGGCGGGGAGGACGAGGCUGGCAUAGACGUACGGUGGGCUUGCGCAGAGCUGCAUUCUACUGCCGUGCUGGUGGCGGCAGUGCUGCCACAGGAGUGCGCGAUGGCGGCACAGCAAGGCGCCAACGGGUCUGCGGGGCCCGACGGUGCAGAGCAGCCGGGCCGGUACCGGAUGCCUUUGGCUGUGGAGAGCAUUGCUGGGCUGUUUGGUCCGGACGGGCCCUGCCCCAACCCGCAGUGGCAGGCGGAUGUGAGGGAGGCCUUUGCCAGCGCGGGCGCCGUAGCCGCAAACGGCCCACAGCAGGAGCUGUCGCCGGAGCAGCUGCAGGCGUGCGCGUCCAGGGCCCAUGCGGCGCUACAGCAGCAGCGGGACCCCCAGCAGAUGCAGGCGGCUGCGGCGCUGCUGGUGCCGCCGGGCCGCGUGCGGUCUGCACUGCGGCGGCGCUACGCCGGCCGCCGGCUGUGGCUGUGCGACAACCCGGCGUGUGUGCCUGCUGCGGAGCUGGAUGCGAGUGGCUGGCCGCUACUGCCUCAGUCCUGUGCGGGCGCCGGGGCCUGGGUGUGGUGCGGCGGCUGCGAGUCGAGCUUGUACUGCAGCGAUGGAUGCCGGCUGGCGCACUGGCAGGCUGGGCACGGGGCUGUGUGCCGCCUCUAUCGUGGGGCUGUAGGGCAGGGUACCUAGUGCUGUUGUGCAGUACGCUUGUUGCGGGAAAUUGAGGUUGUACAGGAUGCAUGUGUGGAUGUGGGUGUCGCGCGAGCAUAAGGUCUCAUGGACCAGCUAUGCCGCGUCUAGACCAAGCAUGACAAGGCAGGGCUAUACUGGCCACAAGCCGACGCGGGCAUACGGGCAGCGGCGUGUGUGGUUGGCGACGCGGCUGGUGACGUGAGAGAGGUGCAGUGCUUUGGUGGCGCAGUAUUGGUGAGGUACGGGACCGGUGAUAUAGCUGCAAGGCUGCAAUGUGGUGCGGUGUCAGCUGGCUGAGGCAGAACUGCUGGCUGGGGCAGGAGACUCGCGCCCUUGUGCACGGCACCAGUGUACGCAUGCACUGUUAGCGGAGUGCUGUCGAAACGCGAACGCGAAUGUGCGCGACACGAAGAGAAGUUGUAGUCGCUAGCACGCAUAGAAGGCCGGUUAGCAGGAGGCGGUCACAGCAGACAUGUUACCUCAUCCAGACGGUAAACGCCACGGGCAAUAGAGGAGCGCCGCCGACCCAUCACUGAUAUAACCAGGUUGCGAUGGCUAGGCUGUCGGACGGCUGGCGGGCUGGCGCGGAGCGGAGCUGCGGGGCGCGCGGCAUCCGAAACCAACCUGGAA